CUAAGCCGUUGGAUGUAAAAACACGUGCCCGAGUCCGCGCAUUGCCUUCUUUCCGAAUUUUUCUCUUCCUCUCUCUCGAAACCCGUCUCUCUCUCUUUCUCCAUCUAAAACUAAACCCUCUGUCCCUCGAGGAUCCACCACCAUUUCCAGCUCAUGUUUGUGCACAGGAGGAAAUCUUCCUGGUGACAAAUUCCAAGAGCUUGUGUGUUGAAGAGAAGAGCAAUGGUGGACCCAUGGUGGUCUCUAUUAGGGGCAGCAAUUCCAGCUAUAAUUGCAGGGCAAGCAUUAAGGAUGAAGAAAAGAAGAGCUGAUGAGCAGAGGUUAAAGAGCGCCAGAGGCCGUGAAAAGAGCUCCGAUGAAAUAUUUGUUUGCGAGAGGGUAUGCACUUCGAAGAGGAUGCUAAAGAAGGUUGGUGCAUUAUCUAAAGACCCAACUAUUGAUACUUGUGUUACCGUUUGCGGUGUUUCUGAGCUUGAUGCUUGUGCUGAUGCAUGUGCGAGAACUGUUUGUGUCAAUCAACACCAGGUGCCAAACUGGAAUGAUAUUUGCCUUAGGAGGUGCCAAAGUGAGUGUCUUAGGCUAUCCAACUCCUCUGCAACUUCCUGAGAGGCUCUUUUGCCGUGUCUGUUAUUAGUCUUGGAUUGUGUUUUUACAUUUCCUUGAGAAAUUUCAUGGUAUACUUUGUUCAAAAUGGAUUUCAUAUUUUCUUUGGUUU